AUGGCACGUGGUAGUAGUUCGAAUAACAACGCAAAUGUGAUUCAAUCUUCUCCUAUGGAGGACAAUUCCAGUCCCUACUAUCUUCAUCCUAGUGACAAUCCGAGCUUGCAGCUAGUUCCUCACGUGCUCACUGGAUCUAACUACAUUCAUUGGAGUCGAUCGGUUAACACUGCACUUUUGGCGAAGAAUAAGAUCGCCUUUGUCAAUGGAGCUCUUCGUCGGCCACAUGAUGAUGAUCUGCUAUUCCUAGCCUGGUUGCGGUACAAUAGCAUGGUUGUAUCAUGGCUCAGAAACUCAAUUUCUCCUCAGAUAUGCUCCAGCAUAAUAUACCUUGAUGAUGCUCAUGAGAUCUGGUCAGAUUUACGCAUUCGCUUCUCUCAGCUUGACUUUGCUCGAGCCUAUCAAUUGAAGCAACGCAUCAUGUCUCUGAAUCAAGGAAAAGAUGAUGUCAAUGCCUACUUCACCAAUCUUCGAAUCGUUUGGGAUGUAAACAAGCACUCUCAACCGGUUGCUUGGUGCAUUAGUGCCUUAAAAUGA